AUAAUGAUCAUCACAAGCACAAGCAUCAAACCAAGCAACACUAGUUAACACCAAUUCACCAUGAAGACCUUCCUCAUCUUUGCCCUCCUUGCCGUUGCAGCGACAAGUGCCAUUGCACAAAUGGAGACUAGCCACAUCCCUGGCUUGGAGAAACCAUCGCAACAACAACCAUUACCACUACAACAAAUAUUAUGGUACCACCAACAGCAACCGAUCCAACAACAACCACAACCAUUUCCACAACAGCCACCAUGUUCACAGCAACAACAACCACCAUUAUCGCAGCAACAACAACCACCAUUUUCACAGCAACAACCACCAUUCUCGCAGCAAGAACUACCAAUUCUACCGCAACAACCACCAUUUUCGCAGCAACAACAACCACAAUUUUCGCAGCAACAACAACCAUUCCCGCAGCAACAACAACCACUUCUACUGCAACAACCCCCAUUUUCACAACAACGACCACCAUUUUCUCAGCAGCAGCAACAACCAGUUCUACCGCAACAACCACCAUUUUCGCAACAGCAACAACAACAACCAAUUCUACCGCAACAACCACCUUUUUCGCAACACCAACAACCGGUUCUUCCGCAACAACAAAUACCAUAUGUUCAGCCAUCUAUCUUGCAGCAGCUAAACCCAUGCAAGGUAUUCCUCCAGCAGCAAUGCAGCCCUGUGGCAAUGCCACAAAGUCUUGCUAGGUCGCAAAUGUUGUGGCAGAGCAGUUGCCAUGUGAUGCAGCAACAAUGUUGCCAGCAGCUGCCGCGAAUCCCCGAACAAUCACGCUAUGAUGCAAUCCGUGCCAUCAUCUACUCGAUCGUCCUACAAGAACAACAACAUGGUCAGGGUUUCAACCAACCUCAGCAGCAACAACCCCAACAGUCGGUCCAAGGUGUCUCCCAACCCCAACAACAACAGAAGCAGCUCGGACAGUGUUCUUUCCAACGACCUCAACAACAACAACUGGGUCAAUGGCCUCAACAACAACAGGUACCACAGGGUACCUUGUUGCAGCCACACCAAAUAGCUCAACUUGAGUUGAUGACUUCCAUUGCACUCCGUACCCUGCCAAUGAUGUGCAGUGUCAACGUGCCGGUGUACGGCACCACCACUAGUGUGCCAUUCGGCGUUGGCACCCAAGUUGGUGCCUACUGAUAAGAAAAUAUCUCUAGUAAUAUAUAGUUGGAUCGCCGUUGCUUAGUCGAUGGGCAUGUCGAUGUAGCGGUGGCAAAUAAAGUGUCACACAAUGUCAUGUGUGAUCCGCACAAACGAGUUUAAAUUAUGAAAUAAAAUACAAAUAAAGUUUGAUCUA